GUCAUAGGAACAGAUUGCAAAGACGGCUGGAUGGCAUAUCACAAUUCAUGUUACUUGUUUGCACGAAACCACGCGUCGUCCUUCACUGAGGCCGAGCAUUACUGUCAGCAACACGGAGGUCAUCUUAUUACCAUAGAGACGAAAAAUGAAAACCUGUUCAUCAAAGACUUUUUACGCGGCCUGAAAGGCGAAUAUCAUUGGUUAGGCCUAACUGACGAGAUGGUAGAGGGAGUUUGGAAAUGGUAUACAUCAAAUAGAGAUGUAACAUACACAGAUUGGUAUCCUGGUGAACCAAACUCACACAGGGGAACUGAAGAAGACUGUGUUGUCUUCUCGUACACUGAGGACUACAGAUGGCUUGAUGUACCAUGUACCCGUUCGUAUGAACCGAUAUGCGAGAUUGUAUCUGACGAAGUGGAUGUUGUUGGAUGAAUUUAAUUAAACGGCUUAAACGUUGGAUGUUAUGUAGGAAACACUGAAUACAUUUUUCUGUUUAGCAUUUGUUGUUAAACAUUCCGUCUUAAGGGAAUAAAAU